UGCAGCCCUACAAAGGCAAAUCAACAAAAACCAGUUAAACAGACUUUCACUUAUGAAAUGAAACAGGAACAGUGGUUUCUCAUUCCUAAAACAACAUAAAAAAAAAUGUCAAUGUUAUCCGUCCACCUCUCCCGCCACCACUUCCCUUUCUCUUCACUUCUCUCUCCUUCCUCUCUUCCUUAUAAACACGCCUUCGCCCCCUCGCGCCACAAUCUUCGUUUCUCAAUGCUCAAAAAAUUCUCUUUCCGGUGCUUUUCCUCUCUCCCCGCUAUCGAUUCGGUUGCAGAGCAUAAGGGUGCUGGUCAGGAAAAGUUUGAUGUUAUUGUGGUUGGAGGAGGACACGCAGGUUGUGAAGCUGCUCUUGCGUCCGCUCGGAUGGGUGCCAAAACUUUGCUGCUUACCCUAAACAUUGAUCGGAUAGCGUGGCAGCCUUGCAAUCCAGCGGUGGGUGGACUUGCAAAAUCACAACUUGUACAUGAAGUGGAUGCGCUCGGCGGUGAAAUUGGAAAGAUUGCUGAUAGGUGCUAUUUACAAAAGCGUGUUCUUAAUGCUUCAAGAGGUCCUGCUGUCCGGGCAUUGCGUGCACAAACUGACAAAAGGGAAUAUGCAAUGCAAAUGAAAAAUGUGGUAGAGAGCACUCCCAAUCUUUCAAUUAGAGAGGCAAUGGUGACAGAUAUUUUGCUCGGAAAGAAUGACAAUGUUGAAGGUGUUUGCUCAUUUUUUGGAAUGAACUUCUAUGCCCCUGCUGUUAUACUGACAACUGGGACUUUUAUGAGUGGUAAAAUAUGGGUUGGUAGAACUUCUAUGCCUGCUGGAAGAGCUGGUGAGUCUGCAUCACAUGGUCUGACUGAGAACUUGCAACGUCUUGGAUUUGAAACUGAUCGAUUAAAAACUGGAACCCCGGCACGAGUGGAUUGUCGUACUGUUGAUUUUUCUGUUUUGGAGCCUCAGCAUGGAGAUGAAGAGGUCAGCUGGUUUAGUUUUGAUCCUGAUUUCCACAUUGAAAGGGAACAAAUGUGUUGUUAUCUGACGCGGACUACAAAGAGUACCCACCAGCUUAUUAAGGAUAACUUGCAUGAAACUCCUACCUAUGGAGGAUGGGUUGAAGCUAAGGGGCCUAGAUACUGCCCUUCCAUUGAAGAUAAGAUUGUGAGAUUUCAAGACAAAGAGUCUCAUCAGAUUUUUCUUGAACCAGAGGGUCGGACUGUACCUGAGCUCUAUGUGCAGGGGUUCUCAACGGGUUUACCAGAAAGACUACAGUUACCACUCUUGAGAACUUUGCCUGGACUUGAGAAUUGUUCGAUGUUAAGACCUGCAUAUGCUGUUGAAUACGAUUAUUUGCCAGCUCAUCAGUGCUCUAGGUCUCUUAUGACAAAGAAAAUUGAAGGUUUAUUCUUCUCUGGUCAGAUAAAUGGAACUACUGGCUAUGAAGAAGCUGCUGCACAGGGCAUCAUUUCUGGUAUUAAUGCUGCCAGACAUUUGGAUGGGAAGCCCCUUAUUGUUCUUGAGAGGGAAAGCAGUUACAUAGGAACACUGAUUGAUGAUCUGGUCACUAAGGAUCUUCGAGAGCCUUACCGCAUGUUAACAAGUCGUUCAGAACAUCGAUUACUUCUUCGAUCGGAUAAUGCGGAUAGUCGUCUCACACCUUUGGGGCGUGAAAUUGGGUUGAUAAAUGAUAGGCGCUGGAAAAUAUACCAGGACAAACAAGCAAGGAUUUCAGAGGAAAAAAGGCGGUUGAAAACUGUCAGGAUUUCAGGAGGAGACUUGGCUGCUAAUGUUUCUCACCUUUCUGGUCAACCUGUGAAGGAAUCUUCAACACUAGAGUCUCUUCUUAAGAAACCACACAUAGGAUAUAAAGUUCUUGAUAAGCAUGGUUUCGGAAAUGAAAUGUUAUCAAGAAUGGAGAAAGACUGUGUUGAAAUCGAUAUAAAGUAUGAGGGCUUCAUUAUUCGUCAACAAAACCAGCUCCAACAGAUGAUCCAUCAACAACAUAGACGACUUCCGGAGGACUUGGAUUACUAUGCAAUAACAACUUUGUCUCUUGAAGCACGUGAAAAACUCUCCAAGGUCAGGCCACAAACAAUUGGUCAAGCAAGCAGAGUGGGUGGGGUUAGUCCUGCUGAUAUCACUGCUCUUAUGAUUAUCCUUGAAACCAAUAGAAGGAAAGCUCAUGAACAGAGAAGACACCAGAUGCUUGCUUCUGUCAUGGCAGAUACUGUUGAAAACAUGUCCGAUUCAAUAACAGAGGCAGUUAGUAACUAGCAGCAGAAUGUAAGCCCAUUUAACUAAUUUGAACUCAUGCAUGUCUCACUAUGAGUGCAGGCUAUGAGGAAUAAUUUAGGCAUGCACAACCUGAACGAUUGAAACGUUGAGGAGCAAGUGCUUUGAAGAUUUUCAGAGGCUAUAAUCUAGCAUUUGGACCACUAAUUGGAGGCUCUUUUAUGUUUAGUCACUCCUGAAACUUCUAAAGUAAAUAUUAAUGAUACUUUAUCUUGCCACUUUAUGCAUUUUUCGUGUCAUUUAUGCCUGUGUAAUUAGCACAAAUAUUCAGUCUGUAAUUAAUUACCACAUUUAUUCUUGACUAAUUUGUUGAAGCUCAUUUUGGAGUUUUGCAUGGGAAGACUCAUGGGGUCUCGUGCUACCAAUGCAUUCUCAUUAUGUAACCUCAUUGCAUUCUAGCACUUCAAAUAUAAAAUUUCCAAGCAGAGAAUUUCAAGUCAAAGUUGUUGGGUUGUUUGCUUAGGACAAUGUUUCGGAACUUUUGUGCAUCAACAAUCUCUCUUUGGUCGUAAGGGUUCAAAAUUUUCUUUCUUCUCUUUUUUUUUUUUUUUUUUAAAGAACUGGUAUUAAUGAUGUAGAGAGAAUUUAAAAUGAAUGAUUGGAACAGAACAGACAGUU